GAGCUAUGUGGAGAUGGAAAAGCAAUUCAAGAUUUUCGUGUAUCCCGAAGGGGAGCCCCCAGUGUUUCAUGAUGGUCCUUGCAAGAGCAUAUACUCCAUGGAAGGAAAUUUCAUCCAUAAGCUUGACUUAGAUAACAAAUUCCAAACCAAAGACCCUCAGAAAGCACAUGUUUUCUACCUUCCAUUCAGUGUAGCCAAGAUGGUACAAUUUGUAUACGUUCGCAACUCCCAUGAUUUCGGUCCCAUAAAGAGGACUGUCAUAGAUUAUGUAGAUCUUGUAGCAAGGAAAUACCCCUACUGGAAUCGAAGCCUCGGCUCUGACCAUUUCAUGCUUUCUUGCCAUGAUUGGGGGCCGGAGGCAAGUUUUUCCCUUCCAUACCUACACAAGAACUCCAUCCGUGCUCUAUGCAAUGCCAACACCUCAGAAAAAUUCAACCCCAUCAAGGAUGUGUCCAUACCAGAGAUCAACCUCCAAACUGACAAACUAGAAGGCUUGGUUGGAGGCCCAUCUCCCUCACGUCGUACAAUCUUGGCUUUCUUCGCAGGAGGGAUGCAUGGCCCUAUUAGACCUAUCUUGCUUGAACACUGGGAAAACAAGGAUGAAGACAUCAGGGUACACAAAUACCUUCCUACAGGGGUAUCCUACUACGAUAUAAUGAGGAAGAGUAAAUACUGCCUUUGUCCAAGUGGUUACGAGGUUGCCAGCCCCAGAAUUGUGGAGGCUCUAUACAAUGGAUGCGUUCCAGUGCUGAUUUCUGUGAGUUAUGUCCCUCCAUUUAGUGAUGUCUUGAAUUGGAAGUCAUUUGCUGUUGUACUUUCAGUGGAUGAUAUCCCUAAUCUAAAGAACACACUAACUAGCAUAUCCUGGAGGCAAUACAUAAGAAUGCAGAGAAGGGUGCUACAAGUAAGAAGACAUUUUGUGUUCAAUUCUCCACCAAAGAGGUUUGAUGUCUUUCACAUGAUCCUUCACUCUAUUUGGCUGAGAAGACUUAAUGUUAAAAUCAAUGAUGGUCAUGGAGCCAUGACCAUUUGAUGAAAUUAAGAACGGACCACACUGAUAGGUAACAAAAACCAGGAUGAUUAAUCCUUUGUUGUUUGCAAUUAUAGUUAGUUCUGUUGAGUUAAGCCGUGACAACAAAGCUACACAUGUCCAGCAACAUUUUUGAAGUUAUAGCACAUUGAUUAGCUAAAGUAAUGAAACAGGGCAACUAUUGCUUAGUUAGCUUUUGAAUGUAACUUAAGAAAUAGGCUAUUGGUUUUGAAGCUUAGUUUGUGUUGAUAUGCUGCCCAUUUUUGUUGUUUACUGAUAUGUCAUACCAUUGGCUACUUACAAGGAGACUAGGUAGCACAACUUUGGGAAAAGAGAAGUCAAAUCUUAACUUUUCAUUGUAAUUUUUUUUCUAUGUAAAAAAGGUUGAAUUAAUUAGAAAUGCUAUG